UGCUUCACACUGCUAAUAUCGCGCAUGCUAACGUACAAGCAACAGCGAUGGCAGUGAAACAGCCAAAGAGAAGAAGAUCUGCAGCGCAAACGUUUAAAAAGAAGUCCUUAGAUCAGGCAAGGGCGAAGAGCCACGUUAAUAUCGGUGAAGCGUUUGAACGAUGGAGAGACCUCCGAGAGCUGAAAGGCAUGAAAACUGAUGAGGAAGUUGCUCUGUUUCUCUUGGAUAGGCUAGAAGCUGCACUCAAGGCCGAGGCCACGGCCGAGGGGGGCGGGCUGCCGGGGCCAAUGGAUGAAGCGUGUGUGGGCAGCGAGGAGGCUGAGCGUGAAGACGGAGCUGGCGAGGGGCACCAGGAUGCAGGUGGUUGGACAGAGUUUGUGGUGAAGGUGGAGACAAAGAAAGAGGAAGGACAGCCGCACCGGCACUGGGAGCUGGCCAGUGAGUGCACAGCCCAGGAGUACGUGCAGGACCAGCAUAUGCCUUAUGGACAAGAGUUUGUGGUGAAGGUGGAGAAAAAGGAAGAGCCAGAGGAGCAGCAGCUUCUGCAUCGGGAGCCGGCCAAUGACUACAAAGCCCAGGAGGCCGUGCGGGUUAAGAUGGAGGACAGGCACAUGCCUUAUGCCCGUAAGAGACCCUACGCUGAGGGACAUGGGGUCAGCUACUCUGAACUCCGGGAGCACAAGAGGUCACGUUUAGCCCAGCCUCCAGCAAAAGAGGAAGAGGAAGAUUUUGACUUUAUCCAGAAGAUCCCAGUAGAGGACAUGGUCAGAGGCACUGUGGGACCGUCCUCCAAAGUUGAACAUGAGGAACAUGGCUGUAUGUCACAGCAUAUACCCAGGAACACAUCAGAGUCAUGUUGUUCAAAUAUGUGGCAUUCAGAUUGUUUACAGAGACAAGUUGAAAUGUCAUCGGGAGAAUACAUCCCAGGCUCUACAUCAGAUUCUGAAGCUGAUAUGGAUGAACAAGCACCCAUUGCUGAGGCAAACUCAAAAUGUCACUCAGCCAUUGAUUCAGCAGUUCAUACAGCCACUGAUGCUUUGGACUGUCAGAUUGGUGGUUCUUCAGUUGUGGAGGUCACAUUAGAGGCCGGUGGAAACUCUGUUGUGAAUCAGAUAAACUCAACACAGCUUGUAAAUUCAACCACAUUAGCAAAGGAUGGAAGAAAUUAUUGUUUUCUCUGCAGAACCCCACAAACUAAAUUAGCCAGACACCUCAAAAGACAUAAGCAGGAGAGUGCAGAUGUAGCGAAGGCCCUGAGCUGUCCUACAGGCUCUAAGGAAAGGAAGAAAUUACUCGAUAUUUUACGCAACAGGGGCAACUUCAUGCAUAACAACUCUGUCCUGAGUAAAGGUUGUGGUAGUUUGAAAGUUUCACGUAGAUCAAGAGAUGAUAAAUGUCGAGCAUAUGAAUACUGCAUUCACUGCAGAGGGAUGUUUAAGCGUGCAGAGCUGUGGAGACAUAUGAGAAGGUGCUCAUCAAAAUUAGAGGAGACCAAUGACCAUAAAGGUCGAAACAGGGUACUGGGUGUUGCAGCUGUGGCAAAGGCAUCACUUUCAAGAAAUUUUACUGAAGGUGCAUUGAAAAUAUUAAACCAAAUGAAGGAUGAUGAAACUGCUGGAAUAGCUGGAAAUGACUUAACCCUGCUGCAGUUUGCUCAGUAUCUUUUUAACAAAUUGGGCCACAAUAAAGCUCACCAUGAAUACAUUCAACAAAAAAUUCUGGUGCUGAGUAGAUUAUUGAAAACCUUGCGCAAAAAAUCACCGUUGUGGACCUUGGAAGAUGCUAUAAAGCCUGAAAAUUUAAUGACGGUUGUAGAGGCAGUGAAAGAAGUUGCGGGUUAUGAUGCGAAUGAAAACGCAUUCAAAACACCAAGCCUUGUCAUGAAGAUCGGAUAUUCCUUACAGAAAGCGAGUGACAUUGUUCGCUGCAAUGCCAUAAUUUCAGAGGACGAGAACCUACAGAAGUCAGUAGAAGCUUUUCAGGUCCUUUACAAAGCCAAGUGGUUAGAGUAUGUCUCUCACUCUGCUCGAGGAACUCUGAAGAAAAAGAAAUGCAGUAAGCCAAUAAAACUACAUCUAAAUGAAGACAUUCAAAAGCUGCAUCAGCAUCUUUGGCGAAGUGCAGAACUAGCAUUUGCAGCACUGGAGAAGGAGAGCUCAAUCCAGAACUACUGCAGCCUGGCUCAAGUAUCGCUGGCACAGAUAAUCCUUUUAAAUCGGCAUCGUUAUGGCGAAGUCUCAAAAAUUUCAUUGAAGAAUUUUCUUCACAAAGACGACUCUCACAUUCAUCAGGACUUGAGCCUGUCAGAGUGUGAAAAGAAGCUGUGCAGUCAUUUCACUAGAGUCGUAUUGAUGGACAAAAACGAGCAUAAGUUUGCAGUCUUGCUUCCCCCAGAAGUGGUAAGAGCGCUAGAACUGCUUAUAAUGAGACGGAAAGAAUGUGGCAUCCCAAAAGAUAACCCCCACUUAUUUGCUGUCCCAAAAUGCAUGAGCCACUACAAGGGACAUGACUGCCUUAAGACAUACGCCAGUGAAUGCGGAGCCCGUCACCCAGAGCACUUGACGUCCACCCAGUUAAGGAAACAAAUUGCAGCUACCUCACAGAUUCUGAAUUUAAAAAAUAAUGAAAAGGAACAACUGGGAAAUUAUCUCUUGCACAAGGACUAUCAUCUUCCUGAAGAUACCAUUCAAAUGGCUAAGUUAUCCAGACUGAUAUUAGCCCGGGAAAGAGGCAAAAUACCACGGCUGGCAGGAAGAUCUCUGGAUGACGUUGAAGAGUUUACAGAUGAGGAAGGGGACAAUUCCGAGGAAGAGGAAGACCAUGAUGCUAGUGAUUGUCGCAAUGCUGCAACAGAAAGGAAAGGGUCUGUAAGGCAGAGGCAUAUAAAAAGGUCUUGGAGCAGCACUGAAGUAGAAGCAGUAAUGAGGCACUUUAAAGGGCACGUGAGGAGGGGGAUUUCAGCCUCGGUAACAGAAUGCAAAGUCUGCAAAACAGCAGAAGCUGCAAUACUGAAGAACAGAACAGUCCAAAAUAUAAGGGACUUUGUUCGCAACAGAGGUUUAUCAUUUAAAAAACAAAAUUCUCAUUAAGAUUCCUUACUUGCAGUUACUCUUGAAUGUUAUGUUUCUUAUUUUUCUAUUUUUCACUUCAGACGUUUUUUUUUCCCCAUUCAUGUUCCGUGAAAUAUUAGGUAAUGUACUGUUUUUGAUUAUUUGAUUUUAAAACGAUGCAACGAUGCAAAUUGUUGCAUCGUUGUGAAAUAUGACAGUUCUUUUUGUCAGUUUAUGAAAAAUAAAAUUUUUAUAUCAACUAUGAAA